GUAUUAGAGAGGGACACUUUGUUUUGAACAUGCGCUGCUGACUCAACAUCGCCGGCUUAACCGAAGUUCAUUGACAACGAAGCGCAGCUCAGCAUAUUCGCACACUAGGCUCGUGCAAAAAGUAACGUCUAUCCAUCGAUUUAGUCUCUUAACUGCGUGAGUAUAAAAAGUGUAUUCGAAAGCGGUGUAGUUCAACAGUUAAUAGUUUUGCUAGUUCAAAUCAAUAUGGAUUAUUUAUUCGUGACAGAUUUCAAACCGACUACAGAACCGAACAGCCUGUGGCAAAUUGAUAAACAUGUCGAUUUAGCUGGCUACAAAAAAGAAGAAGACGAUAUUGAUGACGACUUUGUUUUGAAAUUCUCGACUGAUGAAUCUGAUUGUGAAGAUGAUGCUACGCAUAGCAGUGACAAUAAUUAUAACAGUCCUCCGGUGUCAGAAUAUUUAGCCAAGAACUGCAAUGACAGUUCAUCGAUGCAAAAUAAAACGAGAUCAAUGACUUACACCUUGCGUGACGAUGAUAAAAUUACCAACACUACUCGCGGUGCUACACGGAGAAAUGUGAAAAGCAAAGUGAUGAAAAAUCAAAAAUCCGUACUAGAUUAUUUCCGUCAACGCUAUACUCCUGAUGACGACCAGGUUGCAGAUGAAAUUAAAAAAGAUCCAAAUCCCGAUGUGAGGUUAGCAACUCAAAAAUUAAUACGUCAAUUGCUGAGUGCAAGAGUAAUUUUAGAACGGCUGCCAGACUCACUUACGGUAAAAAACGGUAAACCCAGUGAUAACGACUGUCAAGAGUAUCAAGGUAUACAGACCAAGCGCUACUGCGCUGGCUGCGAUCGAACAUUUCUCAAGCGCGGCCGCUGUCUUGUUUGCAAUUCGGUGCUAAAAUACGAAUGUGCCAAAUGUGGCAACCGAUGCUCAUCUUAUAAUAAGCACAGAUAUCACCUAGAAUUGAAGUGCUUCAACCGAGCUCUCCAUCAAUGCCCCUACUGCAACUACUCGAGCUUAAUGAGAAGUUGCCUUAGAAAGCAUAUCAAAUCCAUUCACGUCAAAUCGAAUAAUGGUUUAAAAUCAAAGUCGUACUUUUGUCAUUAUUGUGACGACGAAUUCUCUGUUUGGUGGGAGUACUUAAGACACAAACAAGUGUGUAAUCAGACAGAUCCUAAAGUUGCAGACGACAGCAGAAAGCGCAAAUUAAGUUCUUGCGAUUUUUCAGAUGUAAAUGCUUGUAAAAAAUCGAGACUCGACGUUGCAUAUCCGGAAACGCUGAAACGCAUAAAAGUCAUCUGUCCUAAAUGCGCGAAGACGAAAGUUAUCCAGGAUAGCAUACUCCAUCGUAUAUGUUGGGAUCGUAGAUGCAGAUCUGCCUUGUGCUACGAGUGCACAGCUUGCGGAAAACAGUAUCACUCGCCUGUUGGCAUUAAACGGCACAUGGAGAGCGACUGUCCGAGUACUGAUCCGCCGCGAAAUAAGAUACAGUGUACCAAAUGCGCUUACGUUUCUUCUAACAUGGUAAAGAUGUAUUCCCACAUGAGGUACAGUCACCCUCCGGACGAUCAAAAUGUCGAGUUUUCAUGUAAAAUCUGUAACAAAAAGUUCACUACCAAAAACAAGUUGAGUAGUCAUCUGUAUUAUUGCAAAAGGAUUCUGUUAUAUGUAUACAACUGCGAACUAUGCGAGUUCCGGACUAAGUACUCGGCAAGCAUAAAGAUCCAUUGUAAGCGGAUUCAUUCGAUUGUGAAAUACAAUGUGUCAAAUGUCUGAGAAUAUCGGUAUUUUUCGUUAUUACUUGGACGUAACGUCGUUGUGAAAAUUCGUAGCGAUAAUUGAUUGGUCCACCCUAUGAUGGGAUUUUUAAUUAUUUAAUUUUAUUCAAAUUAAGCUUUAUAUUAUAUAAUGAGAAGUAUUAUUUAAAAUGCAUAAGUGUAUCAAAUAUUUUAUACAUACCUGACAGGAGGCAAACACUAUUCGAAUUUAAUAUUUUAUAUGUAAAGCUUUUCAUUCGAUAAUAAAGGAUAAUGUACUAUUACCUA